UUUUAGAGGUACAGUGUAGAAAUGUCAAUCAGACAUCCCAAAAAGAUGGAAUUGCUGAGUAAAGUCGAAGCUCUGAAGAGAAGUGGUGUUUUGUUAUCAAGCGAUCUCCUUGAAAAAGUGGAUUCAAUUAAUGAAAAAUGGGAACUGCUUGGGAAAACUCUACAAGAGAAGAUUCAAGACUCAUUGGUGGGGCACAGCGGGUUAGGAGCACGUGACUUGCUUUCCCCUGAAAGUGGCAACCUAGUAAGGCAACUGGAGGUCAGAAUCAAAGAACUAAAAGGAUGGCUGAGAGAUACUGAGCUUUUUAUCUUCAAUUCCUGUCUGAGGCAAGAAAAUGAAGGAACAAUGAAUGCGGAGAAGCAACUGCAGUACUUCAAGUCUCUGUGCUGUGAAAUCAAGCAGAGGCGUCGAGGGGUAGGCUCAGUGUUACGUUUGUGCCAACACCUCCUUGAUGAUCAGGAUACCUGUAAUCUGAGUGCGGACCAUCAGUCGAUGCAGCUGAUAAUUGUAAAUCUUGAAAGAAGGUGGGAAGCUAUCAUCAUGCAAGCAGUCCAGUGGCAAACUAGAUUGCAGAAGAAGUUGGCAAAGCAUCCAGACUCCCUGAAUGUUAUUGAUCCUGGUUUAAUGGAGCUAAAUAGCACAAGUGAAGAUGCCCUAGAAUGGGAUGAAAUGGAUAUAAGUAAUAAGUUAAUUAGUAUUAAUGAAGACUUUACUGAACCUGAAGCAAAACAAGAUGACACAAAGCUGAAUUUGCCACCUGAAAUAUCUGAUAAUGGUAAUCCAAAACAAGAAGAAGCCCCUAACAUUCAUGGAGACAGUCACAGUGACCAAAGAAUGCCAUCUUCUUCAGGUGCAAAGGUUUACCAAGUAUACAGUCUCCACGAUGUUGAACUACCCAGAAAAAAUCAUAUAUCUCUCAUGAAAAACACAUCCAAAGACUCCAGCCUUACACCUUCAACUACUGCAAACAAAGACACAAAUAAAGAUGCUUCCUCAUAUUUGCCAAAUUUAAUGGGUAGCACCACAUUGGCAAAACCACAGAAUUAUAUGUAUCAUAGCGGAAAUAUUACCAGGCAUUCUGAAAGUCAGAAUAAAGUAAUCAGUGAAAAAAAGCUAAAAGCUAUCAGCAGCUCUGAAAUCCAAUUGUUUCCUGAUAGUGACGGAAUACAAGAUAAUUCCAUGCCUAAUAUUUCAGAUUCUGAUUUAGGGAAUAUAGUUGAUGUGAUAAAACAAAAUUGUAAGCCGAAAGAGGAAGAAAGCCUUGAUAACGUCACUACAUCGGAACCAAAGUUUAGUAACAGAACAAAAGCUGUAGACAAUGGUGCCCAUCAUGAUUCUGUGAGUGUGGAAGAAUUACAAGGAAAACACAAUGCUUUUACAUUUUAUGACUACUCAUAUCUUCAAGGUUCAAAAUUAAAGCUACCACGGAUGAUAAAGCAACCUCAGUCAGAAAAAGCACACAAGCAGGGCAACUUGCUUCAUGGCUUUUAUUUUGACAAAGUUCCUUUUAUAUCUGGAAAUCAGCCUGGGGAGUUAAAAUCAUGUACAGAAAAGCUUGCUUUACCAACUGACUGGAAUGAUGCUGAUCCUAAACACUCUGAGUUUGUGGAAGAUUUAAAGAAACUAUAUGACACAACAAAUGGGAAAGUGCUUUCAACUCUAUCUCAUAGCUCUUCUUUAGAUUCCCUUUCUCUGACAAGUGAUUUGCUUGGUUUAACUGUUUUUAGAAGUGGAGAUGGGCUUAAUCGUAGCACUUCCUUAGAGAGCUUGCUAAAUCCCUACAAGAGCAAUGAAGAUCUUUUUAGCGGUAAUGAUUCCGGUGACCUUAGUGGAAGUAGUGAUUCUGUUGGAGAACUCAGUAAAAGGACGUUAGAUCUUUUGAAUCGCUUAGAAAAUAUCCAAAGUCCUUUAGAUCAAAAAAUAAAGCGGAGCAUCUCUGAUAUCACCCUCCAAAGCACUUCUCAAAGAAUAUCCUUGACUGGCCAAGUGUCCUUGGAAAUUGCCUCCUCAAUCAAUGAAGAUUCACCUGCUUCUCUCACUGAGUUAAGCAGUAGUGAUGAUCUGUCUCUCUGCUCUGAAGAUAUUAUAAUGCCCAGAAACAAAGUACUAGAUUCAAAUGCAUCAUUCAGAAAGCACCUCAAUCGGUCUGUCGCUGAUGAGAGUGAUAUCAACGUUAGCAUGAUUGUUAAUGUUUCCUGUACCUCCGCUUGCACUGAUGAUGAAGAUGAUAGUGAUCUGUUAUCAAGUUCUACUCUCACCUUGACUGAGGAAGAGCUGGGCAUGAAAGAUGAAGAUGAUGAUUCCAGUAUUGCAACUGAUGAGGAUAUUUAUGAAGACUCCAAUUUAAUGUCAGGACUUGACUAUAUUAAGAAUGAACUCCACACCUGGAUUAGACCUAAAUUAUAUUUGCCAAAGGAGAAGAGGAGACAUCAUGUGAAUGAUGAAAUUCAGGGCUGUAAGGAGUUAAGAGGUGGUGAGACUUUGAAACCAAAAGAUUCACUGAACAUUGAACAAUUUUUGAGUGAUUCCAUAUGUAAGCUUUCACAAAAUAAUGGCAAUAGGAAGAAUGUAUUGGAGAAUCGUACGUCAGAGACAAAAAGACAAGCAAAAAAUGAAGGUUUUCAGCUUUUACAAGAUCGCUUAGUAGAUGAUAUGGAGAAUGGAAAUGUUGCAGUUACUCAAGAAAGUCUAAAUGGACAACAUAUUUCAACAUCUGCCGUAACUGUUAGUACAUUAGAUAGGAAAGAGAAUGAAAAUGAAGAUUUUGUCAGUGAAUCAUUUGCUGAUAGUUCAAAAGAUUCUCAUAUUAACAAUGAGGAAGCUGUUCAACUAUCAAAUAUAGCCAGUCCUCAAAAAGAGUAUCAAAAUCAUAUUUUGUGUGAUGGCCAGGGUAUUAAAAAUCUUAUCACAGAAUUUGACUCAAAUGUCAAAGAAGACAGUACAGCAUUACUAACAUUGCCUCCAAGUUAUCAAGAAAGUAAAACAGGAAUUGGUGAGCCUGUUAGUGAUUGCUGUGCAUGUUUAAAAUCAAAUGAAGCAGAAAAAAACACAUCAGCUAGCAGUCAUGAUUCAUGUUGCAACUGUGAAUCAGUUGCUUUUGAUAAAAGAAAUGGGGAAGAUUGCUCAGUGCAUAAUUUUGUGAUGGAGAUAAUUGACAUGGCUUCCACAGCCUUGAAGAACAAAUCACAGCCUGAAAGCGAGCCAGCUGUUCCACAUUCAUUAGCCCAGAUCAAAGAAAAGGUUCUAGAACAUUCUCACAGGCCAAUCCAACUUAGAAAGGGGGAUUUUUAUUCUUACCUUUCACUCUCUUCUCAUGAUAGUGACUGUGGAGAAGUGACUAAAUAUGAUGAAGAAAAGAGCAGUACUCCAGUUCCGCUGGACUUUGCAGAAAACAUUGAAUGCUUUUUUGAAGCCUGUCCUGAGGAAGAAAGAGUUGAACAGCAGACAUACAUUGCUCCUAAUGAAGCUGAGGCAACUAUGGUCAAGUACAAGGACUUGGAUUUAAUAGAUGAACACCAAACACCCACCAAUUGUAAUGACUUUUCUUUCUUAUCUAAGGAAAUGGGUACAAAUCCUCCAGGCACUUUUAGCAAAACAGGAUCAGAGAAUAUAAAAAAUUAUCCUGGUGAAUCUUCCGAUCAAGAGACCUCUAACAAAGGUCCAGUUUUGAAUUCUUUUCCAAAUGACUCUAUAGAAAACCAUCCAGGUCAGUCCUUUGGCACUGCAAAAUCUGAAGAAGAUUUUGUCACCUCUCCAAAGGCCUUAGUUAAAGCCACUCAGUUAAAACCUGAUCACUUGAAAGGCAAAGAAAUUAAGCACCCACACCCAAAAACUCUUGUAUGUGAAGAAAAACUCCUGCCUCUUUACAAAGAAAGGCACAUAAAUGCAAAGAGAUAGAAUGCAACUGUCUCUGGACACAUACAUGUUAUUUCAUGAGCAGAAACUUGGCUGCAUUUCAGAUGUAGGCUUAUCCUCUAAACCCUGGGAUGACCUCUAAUUCCAUUGUAUCACUGCCUUUUGUUACACUUGACUCCCAAGAUAAAUUUUCUUUCCAAAUGUUAUUUGUACAUGUUGGCUUUGUAACCAGGUUGCAUAUGCUGGAGCAAUUUCAGUUAUCAUUUGGCUUUGUAGCAAAACAGUUUUCUUUCAUAUGGGUUUAUAUGCCAAGCUACCUCUUAACAACUUUCUUUUCAAAUGUGUAUGCCUCUGUAUGACAUCUCACCCACUAAUAUUUUAAUGAUUUUGCAAUUGCACAGUUUCUGUGAUCAUUUUAAGUCAUCAUUUCAGAACUGUAAAUGUCAUUAGUUCUCCUGUUUUACGUAUCACAUUUGGUAUUUUAUGAGUACAAUAACCCAUAUUGUUUAUUGAAAAUAUUUUAGAAAGGAAAUUUUGAUUACAGCAAAAAGGAAUCAAUUGCUCCUGAGUCAAAAGAACCGGUUAUACAAAGUAAACACAAAUGUAUCCUUUUGCUUUUUCUAAAAAACAAAACAAAACAAAACUAUGCAACACUUCAAGAAACAGCUAUGUGGUGUUGUAUAUUAAGAAUUGUUAACAUUGUACUAAAUUAAAUAAAACAUUUUGGUUUUCUACUAUGCUUCUUGAGGUGGUAAUCAGAAAAGAACCCCACAUUUAAAAAAAAAUGGUGCCUUGCUGUAUUUCUUAUAACAUUUAUUAAAAAGUUGCUUUCACAGUAAAAUUACGUUCAUUUGAAAGAAGGAAAUAGCAAGGUGUGAAUCGUUUCUGUAUAUAUGUAUAACCAAGUGCAAACAUUGAUGUACAAUGACAGUAUAAAAUGCUUUAAUGUUUGUGAUGCCUGGUGGUGUAGAAAACAUAAGCCUUAAAGCCACUAGAUUGCAUGAUAAUUAGAACUGGCAUAAUAAACAUGAGUUUACUGGGGAAAUUUUAGAACUGGCUCUCAUUUACCCACAUCUGUCUAAAUAUUACAUGGAUUUGACAUAAGUAUUUGAAUAUUUAUAAGGGCCUCUCAGGUUUUGUGUAGGCCUUUAGGAGCAACUUUGUCUGUGACCCUUCUGUCCUGAAAGUUCAGCUACUUCUGGUAAAAUUGGAAGAGGAUUUUGAACUACAAUCUCAUCCUGGAAUAAUUCCCUUACUGUCUCCACCUGUUAAGAUGCCCAUUUGGAGACCAUAAUAAGAACCAGGAAAAGUAUCUAUUUUUUCUGAAAACUUUC